GGGGGGAGCAUCUCAGAGAGAGAGAGAGAGAGAAGGAGGAGGAGAGAAGAGGGGCGAUUGGAGCAGCCCCAAAGGCGGGCAUGGCCCCUGGGAGGCCCUGGGAGGAAGGGAAUUCUAGAAGAUGCAGUAUCAGCUAUGGAUCCACUGGAGUGAAUAUUAUGAAUGAAAUCUAUAAAGUAUCAUACUGCUUUUCAUCUUUCUUUGUGAGAGACUGUUUGUAACCUUUGGAAAGAACAAGUUAGAAAAGGAUUACUUGUCAUCAUGAAGUUAAAACAACGUGUGGUGCUUCUGGCAAUUCUCCUUGUCAUCUUCAUUUUCACCAAGGUUUUCCUCAUAGACAACUUGGACACAUCGGCAGCUAACCGUGAGGAUCAGCGUGCCUUUCACCGUAUGAUGGCAAGCCUGCGGGUGGAACUGGAUCCCCGACUUGACCAUACCUUGCAAUCUCCCUGGGAGAUUGCAGCCCAGUGGGUGGUGCCACGUGAAGUAUAUCCAGAGGAGACCCCAGAAUUGGGGGCAGUGAUGCAUGCCAUGGCUACAAAAAAGAUAAUAAAAGCAGAUGUGGGCUAUAAGGGCACCCAGCUGAAGGCACUGCUCAUACUAGAAGGGGGACAAAAAGUAGUCUUCAAACCUAAGAGGUAUGCCAGAGACUAUGUAGUAGAAGGAGAGCCGUAUGCUGGGUAUGACAGACACAAUGCAGAGGUGGCAGCAUUCCAUCUGGACAGAAUCUUAGGUUUCCGACGAGCUCCCCUGGUAGUUGGCAGAUUUGUUAAUCUCCGUACAGAGAUCAAACCUGUUGCCACAGAACAGCUGCUCAGUACCUUUCUCACAUUAGGGAAUAACACUUGCUUCUAUGGGAAGUGCUACUAUUGCCGGGAAACAGAACCAGCCUGUGCUGAGGGUGAUAUCAUGGAGGGAUCAGUCACGCUGUGGUUGCCAGAUGUUUGGCCUCUUCAGAAGCAUCGGCACCCAUGGGGCAGGACGUACAGGGAAGGCAAACUGGCCAGGUGGGAAUAUGAUGAGAGCUACUGCGAUGCUGUAAAGAAGACCUCACCAUAUGACUCAGGCCCACGGCUCCUUGACAUUAUAGACACGGCUAUUUUUGAUUAUUUGAUUGGGAAUGCUGACCGACAUCAUUAUGAAAGUUUUCAGGAUGAUGAAGGAGCCAGUAUGCUUAUUCUUCUUGACAAUGCCAAAAGUUUUGGCAACCCUUCCCUGGAUGAGAGAAGUAUUCUUGCACCUCUUUAUCAAUGUUGCAUUAUCCGAGUCUCUACUUGGAAUAGGCUUAACUACCUGAAGAAUGGAGUGUUGAAAUCUGCCUUAAAAACUGCCAUGUCACACGACCCUCUCUCUCCUGUGCUAUCUGCCCCUCACAUGGAUGCUCUGGACCAACGACUCCUGAACAUUUUGGCUACAGUAAAGCAGUGUACAGACCAGUUUGGACCAGAUAUUGUGCAAGUGGAAGAUAGAAUGACACUCUCUCAUUUGUAGCUUUAACAGAUAUUGGUUGGAUUCUUUAAAAGGAAAAGAACAAAUAAUAGAAAAACAGCACAAUUGGCUCUGCAUGGCUAUGGAGAAGAUGAACUGGAACUGGAGCACCAGAUUUGCUGGACUCAAGAAGAAAGCAUCAGAGGUUUGAAAGCUCCGCUGAAGACAAGUAAGUUGUCCUCAGGUAGUCCUAGAUUGGUUUUUUUGGAUGUCCAUUGCUGGCAGUGGAUGUUGCACUGAGAAUUCUCCUGGGAUGCAUUGAGAAGAAAUGGGGCAUUAAUAAAUACUGGUUCUAGAAAAGAGCUAUAGUCCCCUCAAAUCUUCCAAAUAUAUGAACAAUUUAGUACAGUUCAGGUUUGUGAAAGAUAGGCUGUCAAGGCAUCCAUGUUGACUACCUAAAAAUAGAGCAGCAGGACAAAUAUGACUGCUGGAGAGAUCUCUUGGUGUCUUUCCUGACACAUACAUAUUUGAAGCAUUUUUGUUUGGAAUUUUCUCAAGAGCCCUAUGAAGGAGCAUACAAUUGCCAGUAAUCAGCUCAGUUCUAACAUAUGAGGGAGGGAGACUGUUUAAGUUGCUAUUGAAAUCUGUAACGCAUUGAGAAGGCUGAAUGGAUUCAGAUUUGCAUGAUGCUGCGAAGACCCAAUCAAUCAUGAAGGCUGGAGACUACUAGGCAAGCCUGUUCUGUGCUCCCACAUAAGAGGUUUUUGCUGCCUUGAUAAAUAUUCUAUUAAAGCCUAAUGUUUUUUUAACUGAUGCAGAUACAAUUGAACCAAAUCAUUCUUCUAAAAAUGGGGAGGAUCAAGCUGAUUCAUUAUAUCUUCUCAUUUCUGACAGCUUUUCAUGAGACAAAUGGGGGUGAAUUUUGCAGAAUGGGAAAUGUUUUGAUUAAUACGUUAUUUCUCUUGUGAGGUAACCACAGGUACCAUGGUAGGGGGUUCACUUGAGGUAUUUGGUCAUUUUUCAAGGCUGAACUGAGCCUACAAACUUUCUCAGCAGACUUUAAAGGUGGUGUAUUUUUCUCCUUUUAAACACAGGUUGUAAUCCAGUGGUUUCACGACCAUUAGCCUGGAAAUGUAGCUUGUAUGUGUAGCUUCAGGACAUGUUAGGUGUCUUUUUUCUGAUAGUCCUGAAAAUGAAACAAUCCCCCCCCCCCCUCCAUAUUAAGGGAAAUUUGUGGAACCUUGUUUCUGUGUGUCUAUUUGACAUGUAGCAUCCAGCUGUAUUUUCAACAAACUUGGUCCACGGAUCUUUUGUAAUCGAUUAAUGUUCCUGAAAUUGGUACAUUGGUUGCCAGUUAAGGAGAAUUUACAGACCAAACUGAAAAAGAUGAACCUUCCUCAGAUUACGGGCUUAGAGCACACAGAUACAAGAAGCAAAAUAAGGCUUUUAAAACUUUCUCUUCCAAUAAUUCUCCCUGAUCUGGAGCAGUUUGAGACAGUUAUCCAAGUUACAAGCUGGCCUAAACAAUAGUGAUGCUGCCAAAAGGUUCGUUGGAAUAUAACAUGAAGGCAUUGGGUCAGGUGCUAAAGUAAAAUACUUUGCACAUAUCAAAAGUCUACUAUCACAGUCUUGUCUUCAGAAAUGGAAUAGAUGGUAUUGUUGAUGGAAACAUCCUGCAGCUUUGUUGAGAUUCUCAGAAUAUCCCCAUAUUCCCUUUAUCCUUAUGCAAUCAGGCAGCUGCAUGCCGUUAUGAAACAACUUGAUCCAAGGUAACUAAGAGUUGCUUAUUUCUGUGCUAUAUAUAAUGGACACAGGAGUAGUUUUAAAGCUCUGAAAUAUUUGAAAGGAGUAACUUGUCUGAACUAGUAAAAAGGGUGGAAGAAACCAUAUAAUCUUCAAUUUUGGCAUUUAAUGAACUGGAACUGUCACUUAAUUGAAAAAAAAACAUAAGAAAAUAAUUUAUUAAGAAGCUAACUUAUUUGUGUGGCAGCUGAAGCAGAAUACUUGAGAAUUACACCUUUUCUUGGAGCUACCAGAGGGCUACCCUUCAAAUGGAAGCUAUUGAAAGAAAAGAAAACACAAUGUAAUCUCAACUGUGUUAUAUACGGUAUUUCCCUAGGGUUGGACUCUGAAUAAAUAAGUAUUAUGUGAAUAAAGAUUUUAAUUAAAAAAAG